AUGAAAUACGGCCUUGAAUUGCAAGAAAACAUAUUUCCACCAUGGAGAUUGUCCUACGUCGCCUACGACAUUUUAAAGCAAGAAUUGAAGACUCGACAAUUGGAUCACGGAUGGACCAGCAGGGAUGAAAGCGAUUUUGUCCAUUUACUCGACAAUGAACUAUCCAAAGUCUAUGAUUUCGUCAAUGCCAAAUUAGCAGAGAUUGAUGCCAGAAUCCUGUACUGCGAGCGCACCAUCCAAACACUGCAAAAGAACCCCACCAUGAAUUCGGAUGCCAAUUACAGCAUCAUGGACGAAGCACUAACAGACAUCUUGUUUGAUGUCAAUGAUUUAUCCAAAUUCACCCGUGUCAACUUUACCGCUAUCCAGAAAAUGCUGAAAAAGCAUGAUCGCUGGACAGGCCUUGAUUUGAAACAAACCUAUGUUGCCAAAUUACGAGAGAAGCCAUUGGACAAGCAGAGAUUCGAUGUUGCCAUUGUUUACAUUUCCGCUCUUCAUGAUAUCUGUCGCAACAGAGGCAAGCAAUCUCCUGGUAACAGUGCUUCUGGUGGUGACCAAAAUGCCUUUGAAAGAGCUACUGCUAAAUACUGGAUCCAUCCUGACAACAUCACAGAAGUCAAGGCCAUCAUCAUGCUGCAUCUGCCUGUGCUCAUCUUCAACAAGGCCAAGAAAUUUGAAGCUUCGGAUUCCGCUGUCUCUAGCAUCUACUUUGAUAACCCUAACUUUGAUUUGUACACAGGUCGUUUGCAGAGAGACGAAAUGGCUGAGGCCAUUCGAUUCAGAUGGUACGGCCCAUACAACUCUAAAAACGUCUUUAUUGAAAGAAAGACACAUCACGCUGUGUGGUUGGAUGGCGCCUCUGUCAAGGAUCGAUUCCGCAUCAACGAAGAUCAGGUCAAUGCCUUUGUGUCUGGCCAGUACACGGCGGAUCAGAUUGCUCAUGAACUGCGCAUGAAGGGCACAGAAGAAAGCAUCGUUACCGACACCCAUUUCAUCGGUUCAGGUGUGCAAACCUCCUUUAGAGAGAAGAAAUUGGAGCCUGUAUUACGUGUAUUCUACAACAGAACUGCCUUCCAGCUGCCUGAUUCUCAGAAAUUACGUAUUUCACUCGAUACCGAUCUUACGUUUAUCCGUGAAGAUCAUUUGGAUGGUGUUCCACGCAGACAAAACAACAAUUGGAGACGUACAGAUGUUGGUAUUGAUAGUCCCUUUCCUUACCUCAAAGAUCACGAAAUCCUGCGUUUCCCUUAUGCAGUUCUGGAGACUAAACUCCAAACUCAUUUGGGCCAAGAACCUCCUGCUUGGUUAACUUCUCUUGUGGAAGGCCAUUUAGUACAUGAAGUACCUCGCUUCUCAAAAUACCUUCAUGGUGCGUGCCACUUCUUCAAGGAUAGAUUGCCCUUGCUGCCUUGGUGGUUGUCUGAAAUGAAUGUCGAUAUCCGCAAGCCCCGUGCUGAAAACAUUGGUCUCACUCGUUCUCGCAGCUUCAAGCCCUUGAUUGACGGUCGCUAUCGUCGCGCCAUGAUUGAAGACAAGGAACGGAAAAAUAAGGAAGCAGUGAUCAACAACAACGGUGUUCCUCCUGUGCCUGCGCUUGAUAAAAAGAAUGCUCAAGAACUCAACAGAAGAAGAUCCCUGGAAGUGGAUGAAAAGACAGCUGCUCAAUGGCGACCCACAAACAACACCAGUAGCAAUAGUACAAGAACAGAGGAAUUUACCUUGGUUGAGCUCAAUAGCAGUAGUACAACUCCCAAGAUUCCCUCCCCCAUGGCUCAACCUCUAUUACCGCGCGAUAGGUUCCCUAAUCAAAGAUUCAGUCAGAACGAUCUGAGUCCACCUGCACCCAUCACAAAGUUCUACUCUGCUCCAGGUGAAAACAUCAAUGGUAGCUCAGGUCGUCUAGUGCCACCAUCCAAUGAUAUCGUAUUUAAAAAACAACUGGGUAUGCCAGUUGAGGCAAUGGAUGACCUGGAGGCAAAUGAUGGUAGAAGACAAAAAGCCAAGAUCAAGGUCAAGGUGGAGCCCAAGACCUUCUUUGCCAAUGAACGUACUUUUAUCGCCUGGCUUCAAUUCUGUGCCUUGCUCUUAACAGUGGCGUUGAACUUGCUUAACUUUGGUGACAAUGUGUCUCGUAUUGUAGGCGGUGUCUUUAUUGGUUUAUCUGCUGCCAUUGCAAUCUAUGCACUGUAUCGAUUCGAGAAGCGAGCCUGGAUGAUCAAUCAUGCUGAUGAUGGCCGUUAUGACGAUAUCUGGGGUCCUGCUGUUCUCUGUAUCUUGUUGGUGGCAGCCCUCAUUGUCAACUUUUACUUACGUUUUGGUACAUCCACUUACUAA